AUGUUAAACUUUCCACUUAAACUAAUCACAGCCUCAUCUGCCCUCUCGAUAUACAUUAUCGCUGCCUAUUUACCGGAUCAGCAUGCCCUAUUUGCCUACACAAGAAACUUUAUCCUCGCCUGGAUUGUUCACGUCUUCAUCUGGAUAGUGUGCAAGGUUAUCGUCUACCCCAAAUUCACAUCGCCUCUAAGGUAUCUGCCUAGUCCAGAGGGAGGCAGCUGGUGGAAUGGACAGUAUCCCACCAUUGCAAAGUAUCCUACGGGAAAGCCUAUGGUCUCAUGGAUCCACAAGGUCCCCAACGAUGGCAUCAUGCGGUAUCUGGGCAUGUUUAAUUCAGAGCGUGUCCUCAUUACAUCUCCCACCGCGCUGAGGGAGGUACUAUCCACACGCAAUUAUGAUUUCAUCAAGCCAGUGCACGUCGCUGUAGGACUCGGCCGCCUCCUCGGUAUCGGUGUCUUAUUAGCAGAAGGCGAGGAUCACAAGCGACAAAGACGCAAUCUCUUACCAGCCUUUGCAUUCAGACACAUCAAGAAUCUCUACCCGGGUUUCUGGGAGAAGUCAAUCGAAGUCGUAGAAGCUAUGACGGCCGAGGUCCGCGCCGGUGGCAUCGCAUAUGAUGAAUUGCCCGAAUUCCAGAAAAAAAGUGGACCGAGGCCCGAGGCCAACUCGCCAGCUGUCAUUGAAGUUGGUGACUGGGCUAGUAGAGCGACACUCGAUAUUAUCGGGGUCGCCGGAAUGGGCCAGGACUUUCAGGCUGUGCGUGACCCAACUACUGAGCUCAAUCGAACCUACCGUAAGGUCUUCAAACCUUGUCGUGAAGCCCAGAUUCUAGGGUUGAUGAACAAUUUUCUACCUGCUUGGUUCGUAAGUCGUGUGCCCAUGAAGCGAAAUGGAGAUAUCGAGGCAGCUGCUUCCGUCAUUAGGGAUAUCUGUCGAAAGAUGAUUCGAAUAAAGAAGGAAAAGGCGGAGAAGAACCAGCUCACUGAUUACGACAUUCUAAGUGUCGCUCUACAGAGCGGUGGAUUCUCGGAAGAGAACCUCGUUGACCAAAUGAUGACCUUCCUCGCCGCUGGCCACGAAACUACCUCGGGAGCCAUGACGUGGGCGAUAUAUUUACUUAGUGUCCAUCAAUCCGUUCAGAGCCGCCUUCGCGACGAGAUUCGCGCCACAUUACCUCCGCUGAAUUCAGUAGAAACUGUCACGAGUUACCAGAUUGAUAACAUGCCAUAUUUAAACGCCGUUUGUAAUGAAGUUCUCCGUUACUUCCCACCCGUUGGGCUGACGAUGCGCGAUGCUAUUGUUGACACCAGCAUACUCGGACACCGCAUUCCAAAGGGAACACGAAUCAUCAUCUCACCCUUGGCUAUUAAUCGGUGCGAAGAGUUAUGGGGACCCAACGCUCAGAAAUUCGACCCUGAACGUUGGCUUCCGAGCGAGACGAACCCAUAUCCUGCCAACGGUGGUGCUGCGAGUAAUUAUUCCUUCUUGACCUUUCUUCACGGACCCCGAGGCUGCAUUGGACAAGCCUUCUCAAAGGCUGAGUUUGCGUGUUUAUUGGCCGCGUGGAUUGGACGCUUUGAGUUUGAGCUAAACGACGAACGCGAAUUAAUAGAGGAUAACCUGGUCAUCAAGGGUGGAGUGACAUCAAAGCUUGGUCGGGGAUUAUUUGUCAAGACGAAGAUUGUGGAUGGAUGGUGA